UGUAAACAGGGCUGCUGAUAUGUGGAGUGGUCUGUUGCCUCCCGGUGUGAAUGAAAGUGAUGUUGACACAAGUUCUGAUGAUGAAGAAACGUUGGAAGGUCCUGUGCCCAUCUUAAAAAAGGAGAGAGAACAAAAAGAUUUCGGAGGAGCUCAAACUUCUGACUUCAAGACUGGGAAACCUAAAAGUAUUCCUGAAAGCAAACCUGCUUCAGCAGUGGCAGAUGAUAUACAGGAAUCCCAAACAUGUCCUUCUGGAGUUUCUUCAGAUAUGUGGAAUAAAUUUCAGAAUUUGCAGAAGAAAAACUUUGAAAUGAAAACCCAAACAAAUCAGAGAGAAAGGGGACGAAAGAGGAAGCGUUCCAGAAAAGUUAAACUGAAAACAGAUAAGAAAGAAGAGAGUCAACAAUCCACAAAUGAAAGCCAGUUGAGAGAGCUCACUCAGUAUUUUGGAAUCAACGAUAGGUUUGAAUCGCUUGCAAGCAAGGAAGGCAAUCCAAAGUCUGGCCUUGAAAUCAGCAUAGACAGAGCUGUAGCUGAUGGAGAUAUUGCACAGGCUGAUGAACUAAGUGAUAGAUUAGCUACUCGAGAGCUUGGUGUGAAAAUUGCCAAAGCUGUUGCCUGCCGAAAUUUCGUAAAAAUGAAACACGAUGCAGAGGCUUCUCAAGAAGCCAAAAAGAAAAAGAAGCUUGCGUGGGGAUUUGAAGCCAAGAAAAGAUGGGAAACAAAAAGCAACAUGGGAUACAUGUAGUUAGUUUGUGCCUUGGAUGGAAG